CGACUAAUAUUUUUCACAAAAUAUACGACUUUGAAUCCUCCUAAAUAGAAAUAAUAUUAAAUACUUACUUACUUAUAUAUACUACUCGUAUAAGCAGGAAUCGAAAUAAAUACUUUCUUAAUGAGUGUUUCUAAUAUCGGGUUAGCUAGAAGCCAGCCAUCUGUUGGGGGAAUUAACAAGGCAGAUAGAGCAGCAACAAGUAGGCUUCAAAUCCGAAGACAAUCGUAUGGGUUCCGCACCGAAGUUCCAGGCGUUCGACCAGUUGAAGGAAGAUCAUCCCAGGUUGGAUUUGAAUUCAAACGUCCAAUCCUUGCUUAUUUUCCUACCUACCAAUUGAAUCCUUGUGCAAAAUUCAAUACAUUUUAUGUGACGAAAAUGGCGCAAUUGUUGCUGGAAGAAAAUUUUACUGGCCAUAAAUAUAACUCUGUGGAUACCCCAAACCUUGCCCUCCGCACGGCUUACGAAUUGAUGAAGCGAGUCAAAACGAUGAACUUCAAUCGUUAUAGGAUUAUUAGCAUUGUUACUAUAGGACAGAAAAGGUCUCAAAGCUACAAUAAUGCCAUUACAUUGUUAUGGGAUGACGAGAGAGAUGAUUACGUCGAUGUUCACAAAGAACUUUCCACUUGUUUUAUACAAGCCACUAUAUUUGGGAUUUAUCUUGACUAAAAGUAUUUUGUUGGAAGUGCAUCUCUAGUUUUUAGUAGAAUAUUCAUUUGUAGUCAUAUACCUAGCUUUGUGGUUUGGAACGCUACUUGGAUCAUUAUCAUCAUAUAUUUAUAAUAUUUA